ACAAGCGAGGAUGGCGGAAGAGUAUCCUAUAAAUGUUAAUGUCAAGGUUUAUAAGGAGGGCAUAGGCAACGCUUUCAGAAAAGUCGCCGAGCUAGGCCAAAAGAAAGAAUGGACGAAACUUCUAGAAACUAUUGACGGAGAUCCCCAGCUGAUAAAUUCCUGUGCCCUUGUGGAGAAAAACACCGCGCAUACGUUGAACACACCGCUUCACCAUGCUGCACUGGGAUCCGCGCCCAAAGAAGUGUUCGAACAGUUACUCGAGAUGGGAUCCGCCAAAUGUCUGAAAAAUUUAGCCGGAGAGACUGCAUACGAUAUUGCAGCGAAAUCUCAGCUGUCACAAGAUAUCUUGAAACUGAUCGAAGUUCCCAAAGAGAUUAAGCAAAAAGAGGCCAUUAUUGCUAAACUCGAGGAAGGAUUGCAUAAGGUUAUUCUCGGAAGAGUGGAAGAUCUGAUCAAGGAAAACGGCCAAGCCCUACCGCAGGUGGCGUACCUGUUUGAAAAGGGAGAGUUCUAUUAUGCAGUCCCCGGCAUGUAUGGAGGAUUCAGAGUGACCAAAAAUGGAGACAAGGGAAUCGUUUCGUCCAGUUGGAUCCGAGUGUGUGGGGGGAGUGGGCAGGAACACGAAAUUGACAACGACGGAAAUACGAAACUUGUGAACGAGGGAUUCGUGUGAAAAUAACGAUUUCCCAAUCUAUAUUUUUUAAAUUUUUUUUGACAUCUUUUAAUAUUUGGUUGACGCAUACAUGUAUUGCGGGAUUGUUUUUAUCAAAACACAUCUUUAAAAAUAACCAGUUGCCAUUCCUCUUGUAUUGUAUUAUUUUAUUUACCAGACUGUAUAGACUGUUUUUAUCGUAUCUGGCGAACCUGUUACUUUUCCAUAAUUUAUAUACUAGUAAUGGAGCGAAGUGAGCUCUACCGGCAAGGCGUGUGUGAAAUAUAGAAAAUUCGGACCAGUUGCAUAUUUCAAAUAAAAAAGAACAGCCUUUCCGGAAUUUUCAUACUCGUUGGAAUGGACAUUGUCAUAAUUGCAUAACACUCGUCUAACACUAAGAUAUUUAUAUAUUAAAUGUACUGGUAAAAUGGAAUAUUGUGGAGAAUUGGUUAUUCUUCUAAAUAUAUUUAACAAUAUUUUCAUAUGGUAAAGACCUCGUAAGUUGUUAGAACUUGCGUCUUAACCAUUGGUUCAUCUAUCUAAUAUAUAUACAAUAAAAUAUGUUCAGAUCCAAUAAAUAUAAUUUUGAUUACUUUCCAAUUACUUUUGUAUCCGGUGAAUGAUUAUGAUUUUUUUUUUAAAAAUUAGUAUUUCUUAUGAACUUUGAACGUGCAAUAGUUAAUUAGCCGUCAUUGUUACAUAGUUUUUAAUUAGUACACUGUUUCUCUAUAGAAUUUAGUCACUGAUUAUUAUAUAUGCUUGUUGGCAUUGCUUGUAUUUGAGAUCAUUUCAAUAACAAUAUUACAACAACAAUAAUCUGUAUUUAACCAACAUGAACAUGUACUUGUAUAUUCUUUGGGGGGGGGGGGGGGCUCAUGUUUAUUAUUGUUUCUCGUAACUUUUUUUUGCAGUUGUAUGCAAAACUGUAUACAAUCGUGAAAAUGUUAGCCACUGCUGGGCGAGGGAUUUCACCGAUAUAUUUACAUUCAGAAAUGUUCUACUGUUAUACUACAUGUAGUACAUUAAUCUUCUGAAACUUUUCCACUAUUGUUAUGACACACUAUUUUUGUAACCUUUUUAAUACAUAUGCUAUAAUAAUAUAUACUAUGUUUUAUCAGACUAAAAUGAUCAAAAGUACCGAAAUAAAGACUAUAUACAUGUCAAAUCAAAA